UCUCCCUUUUCUUUUUAGAAAUCUCCUCUUCACUGUAGACUGAAGAGCCGUUCAAACCUCCUCCUCCAAUGGCGACCGCCUCUCUCCUUCGUCUCGCCCUCUCGCCGGGUUCCAACCUUAACCCUAAUUCUAGAAACUACGUCGGGGUCGCGGGAUCCACUCGAAGGUACGAUCUCCCGCCCCUCCGCCUCUACCGCCGCCGCGCGCCGCCGACGAGGCUCCUCCGCCUCCCCCGCGCGAAGGCCGUGGAGAUCGGCGCCCCCGCAGGCGAUUCCCAGCGUGGGGCGCGGGAGAGCUCCUCCGUGCUCCUCGAGGUCGGCGGCAUGAUGUGCGGCGCCUGCGCCUCCCGCGUCCGGUCGAUCCUCGCCGCCGACGAGCGGGUCGAGUCGGCGGUGGUCAACAUGCUGAUGGAGACCGCUGCGGUGCGGCUCCGCACGGGAGCGGCGGCGGAGGAAGAGGCCGUGGCGGAGGAGCUCGCUGCUAGGUUGACGGAGUGCGGGUUCCCCUCGAGGAGGAGGACGAGGUCGGGGUCGGGGGUUGGGGAGAACGUGAGGAAGUUGAAGGAGAUGGCGCAGAGGAAGCGGGAGCUGCUUGCGAGGAGCCGCAACCGCGUGGCGUUCGCCUGGACGCUGGUGGCACUCUGCUGUGGAUCGCACGCGUCGCACCUCUUGCAUUCACUUGGAAUUCACGUCGCUCAUGGGUCUUUGUGGGAGAUAUUGCACAAUUCUUAUGUGAAAUGUGGCAUUGCUAUGGUCUCCUUGUUUGGACCCGGCAGAGAUAUACUUUUUGAUGGUCUUCGAGCAUUCAAGCAAGGAUCCCCUAACAUGAACUCUCUUGUGGGGUUUGGAUCUAUUGCUGCAUUCCUUCUUAGUGCGGUGUCAUUGCUAAACCCUGGGCUUGAAUGGGAAGCAUCCUUUUUUGAUGAACCGGUCAUGCUUCUUGGUUUUGUCCUCUUGGGACGUUCUCUUGAAGAAGGAGCUAGGCUGAAGGCAUCUAGUGACAUGAAUGAGCUCUUGUCCUUAGUAUCCCCUCAGUCACGAUUAGUAAUUACUUCCUCUGAGGAGGGCUCUUCAUCAAGUGGUGUUUUAAGUGCAGAUGCGAUUAGCAUUGAAGUCCCAAUUGAUGAUGUUCGUGUUGGAGACUCUAUAUUGGUCUUGCCAGGGGAGACUAUUCCUGUGGAUGGCGAUGUUCUUGGAGGCAGGAGUUUUGUUGAUGAAUCUAUGCUGACUGGGGAAUCUCUUCCAGUGUUCAAGGAAAGAGGCCUGUCUGUUUUUGCAGGAACUGUAAACUGGGAUGGGCCUCUGAGGAUUAAAGCUACAACAACUGGAGCUUUGUCAACGAUUGCCAAGAUAGUUCGCAUGGUUGAGGAUGCGCAAGCACGUGAAGCUCCUAUUCAAAGACUUGCUGAUUCAAUUGCUGGGCCUUUUGUAUACAGUGUCAUGACAUUGUCAGCUGCAACAUUCUUUUUCUGGUAUUACAUAGGAUCACACAUCUUUCCAGAAGUGCUUCUCAACGAUAUUGCAGGUCCUGAUGGGAGCUCAUUGAUUUUAAGCUUGAAGCUUGCAGUGGAUGUACUGGUGGUUUCCUGCCCUUGUGCUCUGGGGCUUGCUACACCUACAGCUAUCUUAGUUGGCACUUCUCUUGGGGCUAAACAAGGACUCCUUAUCAGAGGAGGUGAUGUUUUGGAACGUUUGGCCGGGAUAAACAUUGUUGCAUUAGAUAAGACGGGUACUCUUACUGAAGGAAGACCAGUUGUUACAGCUGUUGCCUCUUUGGCAUAUAAAGAAUCAGAAAUUCUUCGGCUAGCCGCUGCAGUGGAGAGAACAGUUUCCCAUCCAAUUGCAAGGGCUAUUAUGAACAAAGCAGAGUUGCUAAACUUGGAAAUUCCAAGCACAAGAGGACAAUUGACAGAGCCUGGUUUUGGUUGCUUAGCUGAAGUAGAUGGAUCUUUGGUUGCAGCUGGCACGAAAGACUGGGUUCACGAACGUUUUCAACAGAAGGCCUCGCUAAAUGAAUUGAUGGAUCUUGAACUUCGUGUAGCUAUGGAUUCCUCCAACAUGGAAUCAUCUUCUAACCACUCGAAAUCAAUUGUUUACGUUGGUCGUGAAGGGGAAGGCAUAAUUGGUGCUAUAGCAAUUUCAGAUGUUUUGCGUGAUGAUGCAAAAUCUACAGUUGAAAGGCUUCAGGCAAAGGGAAUCAAAACAAUCCUCCUAUCAGGUGACAGGAAAGAGGCAGUGGCAAGUGUUGGUAAGAUGGUUGGAAUUGGAAGUGAAAACUUAAACUCAUCCUUAGCUCCACAGCAGAAAUCAAGCGUCAUAUCAAGUUUGCAAGCUGAAGGGCAUAGCAUUGCAAUGGUUGGCGAUGGCAUAAAUGAUGCACCAUCCUUGGCACUUGCUGAUGUUGGAGUUGCUUUGCAAACUGAAGCAAAGGAUAAUGCUGCAUCAGAUGCAGCAUCAGUUAUUCUACUUGGCAAUAGGCUUUCCCAGUUAGUUGAUGUCCUUUCUCUCGCUCAAGCAACAAUGGCGAAGGUCCAUCAGAAUCUAGCGUGGGCUGUGGCUUAUAACAUAGUUGCCAUUCCCGUUGCCGCUGGGGUAUUGCUUCCUCAAUUUGAUUUCGCCAUGACACCAUCUCUUUCUGGAGGUUUGAUGGCUUUGAGCUCUAUCUUCGUUGUCAGCAAUUCGUUGCUUCUGCAGCUACACGGAUCAUUUCAGAAAAAAGAGAACCACCAAUUUUAUGCACGAGAUUCAGAUAGAUGAGGCAAAGAUUCUGUGUGUAACACUUCAUUAGGUCGAUCGAUUAGUCCAAUAUCACAAUCUUGUAAUUUUCACUCUGUCUGAUUGUUCUGUAAAUUUUUAGUCAAACUUCAUCUUCGGCACGUGUUUGGUUUCUCUGCUAGUUAGACUUGAACGAGCUAGUCUUAGCCACAUCCAUUUUGUGUAACCACCAAUUUUAUGCACGAGAUUCAGAUUGAGAACAUCUACUUCGUAAAAAAAAUAAGAUGAAUGUAGUACUACUAUCCUACAUUCUACAAUUUA